AUGGCUACCUCACAACCAUCUUCGGUCUCGACUUCUACAGAGCAAUUACUUCCAGGCCUACGUGAAACUCUGUGUGCUCCAUUCAAUGAACCUCCGAUCGCUGUCACAAGCCAUUCCGUUGUCUAUCGGACUUUUUCCCAGCUCUAUCGAGGUAUGGUUGCUGUAAAAAUUAUCAAUAAGAGAGCAUUGCCACCGGCGAUUGCAGAGAAAUUCCUACCAAGGGAACUAGACAUCACCAUCAAAGUCAGACAUCCGCAUCUGUCAAGAUGUCUCGCCGUUCUGAUGCCGUCUACGACGAAAAUAGUUCUCAUUUCGGAAUUUUAUCAUAGGGGAACCUUAUUGGAGCUGAUUCUCAAAGAACAGCGGAUCAAAGAGGCUCCACAAGGCGUGCGCAUGUUUCGGCAACUUAUAGAGGCCGUCCACUAUCUUCAUGAAAGAAACAUUGUACAUCGCGAUAUAAAACUGGAAAAUAUCUUGAUUGACGGGAACGGAGACGCUAAGCUAGCUGACUUUGGUUUUGCACGAUUCAUUGCUCGCCGAGAGAGGUCACGGUCGUUUUGUGGCACUAGGCCUUAUUCGGCCCCACAAAUAACUCUUUACAAGCCUUAUGAUUCGUACGCAGCUGACUGGUACGCGCUAGGAGUUGUCUUGUAUACUAUGCUGGUCGGGAAAUGGCCAAAGGACAAUCCUCGAACAACAAUCUCCUUUCCGGAUUCCACUCCUUCGCCAGCCUGUCGACGACUUAUCGCCUCUCUUUUAGAACCGGAUGAAGAAAUCCGAGCAGGAUAUCAUGACUGCGUUCAUUCUGAGUGGAUGGCACUACAACCUGACUGGAUUUUCGCAGACCAACAUUUCGUCUAUCAACGUAUUCAUUCUCUUUAA